AUGGAGCGAUUAGAAGAAGACCUGUCUCUAGGCACCUCUGAGGAGUAUAAGGAUGAUGAAAAGAGCAUUUUUAGUGAGGAUGCCAAUAUUGAUAAUCCCCAUGAGUACUCUAAACAUGAAAAUUUACAAACCUAUGAGCCCAAAAGACAGCCUCAUAGUUUCUUUUAUUUAGGCGUAAGCGGCCAGAUUGAUAGCGGAGAAUUUAAUAAUAGAGACGGGAUCGCUAUUAAGUAUGAUAUUGUUAAGGGAAAUCGCUGGAAGCUGGUUAAAGGUGAAGAGACCGGUAUUUCGCAGCACGGGUUCAGAAAUCAAGGCGCAAGUAAGAGAAUUGUGUGGAAUUUCCCAUUUGAAGUGAUAUAUUCAUCCACUAAUGUCAAGGAAUGGCCUCAGAUAGUGCUUUAUGGUAGUGGAAAAGAUUUUCGAGGACGGGAGGUGAUUGAGUUUUAUGGAAGUGUUCAUGUGCCUACCGCUCCAGGAAGGCAUACAAGGUAUGUAAGGCUUUUCCAACCUGUUACGAGUAGUAUAUUUGGUAAAUUCCUUGGAUGGAUUAAAGGAAAUCCAGCUAGUUAUAAAGAUGCUCCAAAUCUUAUUGCUAAAGGGGAAGGAAGAGAAGUAACAAGAGUGCAAUCUGGAGGAUUAAUCAAAAUUACUUUCCAAAUAACUCAAAGAAAUCUUGAAAAGUAUGGAUACAAGACAACUUCUUCUGAUGAUUAG